AUGGAUAUCGACGACAUUCUCGCCGACGUCUCGACCGCGGCGGAACCGCAGGAGAGCCGCGACCUCCAGCAACUGACGCGUGCGUGGGUCGCUGAGCGCGUCGCGCCGGAGGUAUUGCCGUGGCCUGCUGGCUUGAUGGACAGGAUUGAGGGGAGGAUAAGACGGCAGAUUGAGCUUGUAGAAGAGCAGACGGGAAACAUGGACCCUAAGGCCAACUUCAGGCUCAUCGUCAUCCAAACGGAACUCGAGCGGUUCAAGUUUCUGGUGCGGUCGUUCCUGCGGGCGAGGAUAGCUAAGAUAGACAAAUAUGCCCAGCACUACCUCUCCCUCGCCGCUCAACAACCCACGCUCCUCGCACCCACCGAACUCCAGUACCUGCAAGCUCACAUCGCGCUCCUCUCCCGGCACUACUCAACCUCCUUCCUGAGCGCCUUCCCUCCGAGCCUGCAGCGGCUCGAUGACACAGCCGGCGGUAUCAGCAUGGUCGACGGUCCAGAUCUGGAUACGGUGGUCUUCUGUCGCGUGUUGCGGGAUGUUGGGACCGUGAGGGUUGAGGGCACGGAUGUGGAGAUGAACAUGCGGAGGGGGGAUGUUUGGGUUGUGAGGUGGGGGAGUAUCAGGAAUGCGGUUGUGGAGAGGGGGGACAUCGAGCUGAUAUGA